GAAGUUAUGUUUUAUUGUCGCUGUUUGGACAGCUGUAAAGACGGCGUGGAGCUAACGGAGUGACUUUCUGGAUUUAUUGAUACAUUGCUGAUCAGACAGCAUCAGGAUGGACGGCUCAGCUGCUUAUCCCCCUCCCUCCGCCCCGCCAGCCAACAUGUUUGGAAACGUGCCCGGCUACGAAGGCACCGUAGCAGGAGGAGGAGGUUACCUGCCACCUCCCAUGCCCUUGGAGCCUGUGGCCCCGCCCCAACCUGGCCCUGUGCCUGACGACUGGAGCAUCCCCACUCUGUCGGAGGAUGUGGCUCAUGAGGCGUUCAAGAGCUUUGCGUCGUCUCAGUGCUGCUACAGCAAAGCUCCCGCCAACGAUGGCGUCAUCACCAGCAUGGAGCCGAGCAACACCUACAGAUAUCGACUGGAGACGUUCACUGAGUCCAGGUCAACUGAGUGGGCCCACAAACCUCAUGAGGGUGAACCCGCUGACUUCUACACCCAGACCGCCCCGCGGCCCUGGGAGAUCCAGGCCACCCAGACUCCCAGCCUCUUCACCAAUCACACAGAGGAGAUCCGCGUGCCCUACACCUCCUCCAUCAAGGAGUGCCACAGCUGUCAUGCCUCGGGACUGAUGCCGUGUGAGGAGUGCCAUGGAGAUGGAGGCAAACCGUGCUGGGUGUGUAACGGCUCCGGGAUGAGGGACAACGAGAGCUGCUCUCGCUGUAACUCUACAGGCAGAGACAACUGUUCCUCGUGUGACGGUCGAGGAACGAAGGAGUGUGAAACCUGUAAAGGAAAACGACAGCUGCUGACCUACAUCAAGCUCAAAGUGGAGUGGACUAAUCAGGUGGAGGACCACGUGGUGGAGCAGAACCCUGGUCUGAACAGUGACGAUCUUCGUUCAGUGAGCGGGAAGCAGCUGUUCAAGAACAACCAGUACCUGCUCUACCCGCUGCUCGGGUUCCCGAACCCGGCCAUCUCCGAGGCCUCUGAGCGUCUGAUCAGAGACCACCAAAGCAAGUAUGCCCAGGCCUCCAGGAUCCUGCAGCAGAGGCAGACGGUCGAGUUGAUCCCGAUCACUAAAGUGAACUACAAGUGGAAAGGCGACUCUCACGUCUACUUUGUCUACGGCAACGAGCACAAAGUCAGCGCCGACAAUUACCCAGCAACCUGCUGCUGUGUCAUCCUGUAGACACACACACACACACACACACACACACACACACACACACACACACACACACACACACACACACACACACAC